AUGUCUUCCGGCGAAACAGAAAAGAAUGAUUAUUCAAUCACGGAAAAGGAAAUCGAUAGUGAGAGCAAAGAGGAAGUGAAUAAAGAGUCGGUUAAUCAGGAUCUGACUUUAAUUGACAAGCCUAAAAACGACACAGAAUGUAUUGAGAAAAAAGCUCCUAAAAAUGGAGAAGAGAAAAUUGCUGCCUGCAAUCCCGAAAAAGAGGCUAAGGUGGAAAAGCUAACGAAAGAGUUCGAAGCAUUGACAACAAAUGACACAUCAAAGUUGUUUGUCAAGAAGAGGCAGCAAAAAAAUAAGAAAAGGCAAGAGAAGAAGGAGCAUGUUUCCGGAGAUGUUGAAGACGAUGGCAAGAAAACAAAGAAAACCUAUAGAAGAAGGAAGUACUACAGAAAGCCAAGAAAGCCGAUUCAGGAAAAUAAAGGGGAUGAGGUUUUGGGAGACUUCAAAGGUGAACAUAAGAAGCAGCAGGUAAAACAAAGCGAUGAAGAACACUCAAAGGAAUCGAGAAACUUGGAAAAACGGCACAAAGACAGGUACUACUAUGGACGGAGGAAGUAUAGUGGUAGAGGGUAUGGAAAUUGGCACAAUACGAAUGUGACAUAUGUUCAUCCGGAUCGCAGUUCUGAGAAUGAAAGGUUUUUGGGUGAAGGUCAAGAAAAUACAGAAAGCAUUGAAUUCCACUCGGGCAGAGGCCACACUGGAUUCGGGCCCAAUCCGUUCUCGAGACCGAGAAGAAACGAGAACAGAGGCAGAAAGAAUGGCAGGCAGUUUAGCUGGGAAAAAAAGCAGCACAAGGAGCAGGAUCACAAGCUGAUCAAAGCUGAAAGCACCAAAGAAGAUGAGGAGGAUAAGGAGAAUAUGCCGACUGCUGCAUAA